ACCCUCUAGUCCCCGCCCCUUCGGCCGGCGCGGCGGAGGGGGUGUGUCCUCCCGCAUCCCGGUAUGCCCCGCGGCCCGGAAGGGACGGCCGCCAUGGAGGAGGACGAGCCGGAGCUGGCGGGUGGGCUGGAGGCGCUGGAGCUGGCGCCCGCCGUGCAGGCCGCCAUCGAGCAGGUGUUUCCCAGCCAAGAUCCACUGGACAGAGCAGAUUUUAAUGCUGUGGAGUACAUUAACUCUCUCUUUCCCACUGAGCAAUCUUUGGCAAACAUCGAUGAAGUUGUGAACAAAAUCAGAUUGAAAAUAAGGAGGCUGGAUGACAACAUUCGAACUGUUGUGCGAGGACAGACCAACGUGGGACAGGAUGGCAGGCAGGCCCUGGAAGAAGCCCAGGCGGCCAUUCAGCAGCUCUUUGGGAAGAUUAAGGAUAUUAAAGACAAGGCUGAAAAAUCUGAACAAAUGGUUAAAGAAAUCACACGAGAUAUCAAGCAGCUGGAUCACGCCAAGCGGCAUCUGACCACGUCCAUCACCACCCUCAACCACCUGCACAUGCUGGCGGGGGGGGUGGAUUCACUCGAGGCUAUGACCAGGAGGAGACAAUACGGGGAAGUUGCCAACCUUCUCCAAGGUGUCGUGAAUGUGUUAGAGCACUUCAACAAAUACAUGGGGAUUCCUCAGAUUCGACAGCUUUCCGAAAGGGUGAAGGCGGCGCAGAAUGAGCUGGGCCAGCAGAUCCUGGCUGACUUCGAGGAAGCUUUUCCUACUCAAGGUACAAAGAGGCCUGGUGGACCCAGCAAUGUCCUACGUGAUGCGUGUCUGGUCGCCAACGUCCUGGAUCCCAGAAUCAAACAGGAAAUCAUCAAGAAAUUUAUUAAACAACACCUCUCGGAGUACCUGGUCCUUUUCCAGGAAAACCAAGAUGUGGCGUGGCUGGAUAAGAUCGACAGGCGCUACGCUUGGAUCAAGCGUCAGCUGGUGGACUACGAGGAGAAGUAUGGGCGCAUGUUCCCGCAGGAGUGGUGCAUGACGGAGCGCAUCGCCGUGGAGUUCUGCCACGUCACCAGGACAGAGCUCGCUAAGAUAAUGCGCACAAGAGCAAAGGAGAUUGAGGUGAAAUUGCUUUUGUUUGCAAUUCAAAGGACAACCAACUUUGAAGGACUUCUAGCUAAACGCUUCUCAGGUUGCACCCUCGCCGAUGGGACAGCGAAGAAACCAGAAGUGCCACCUCCCUCCACCAACCCAUUUCUGGAGGAUGAAACUGGGACAGAGACAGAUGAGAUUGUGAUUGAGAAAAGUGAUACGGACAAACCAAAGAAGCCAAAGGUCCCUGACAAUCCUUUCCAUGGCAUUGUUUCCAAGUGCUUUGAGCCUCACCUUUAUGUGUAUAUCGAGUCCCAGGACAAGAAUCUCGGCGAGCUGAUCGACAGGUUUGUGGCUGAUUUCAAGGCUCAGGGUCCCCCCAAGCCCAACGUGGAUGAAGGAGGCGCCGUCCUGCCCAGCUGCGCCGACCUCUUUGUGUACUACAAGAAGUGCAUGGUGCAGUGCUCCCAGCUCAGCACCGGCGAGCCCAUGAUCGCCCUCACCACCAUCUUCCAGAAGUACCUUCGGGAAUACGCCUGGAAAAUUCUCUCUGGAAACCUGCCCAAGACAACCAGCAGCAGCGGCGGGCUCACCAUCACUAGUUUGCUGAAAGAAAAGGAAGGCUCCGAAGUGGCCAAGUUUACUUUAGAAGAGCUCUGCCUCAUCUGCAGCAUCCUCAGCACCGCCGAGUACUGUUUGGCCACCACCCAGCAGCUGGAAGAGAAACUCAAAGAAAAAGUGGACGCAAGUCUAGUGGAGAGAAUCAACCUGACGGGAGAGAUGGACACAUUCAGCAUUGUGAUCUCCAACAGCAUCCAGCUGUUAGUGCAGGACCUGGACGCGGCCUGCGACCCUGCCCUGACCGCCAUGAGCAAGAUGCAGUGGCAGAACGUGGAACACGUUGGUGACCAGAGUCCUUAUGUCACCUCGGUGAUUCUCCACAUCAAACAGAACGUCCCCAUCAUCCGUGACAAUCUGGCCUCCACGAGAAAGUAUUUCACUCAGUUCUGUAUAAAAUUUGCAAACUCCUUCAUCCCCAAGUUCAUUAACCACCUCUUCAAGUGCAAACCGAUCAGCAUGGUGGGCGCAGAACAGCUGCUGCUGGACACUCACUCGCUGAAGAUGGUUCUCUUGGACCUGCCCUCCAUCGGGUCCCAGGUGGUGAGGAAGGCUCCUGCCAGCUACACGAAGAUAGUGGUGAAAGGCAUGACUCGGGCUGAAAUGAUCCUGAAGGUGGUUAUGGCCCCACAUGAGCCGCCGGUUGUGUUUGUCGACAAUUACAUCAAGCUCCUUGCUGACUGCAGCACAGACACUUUCCAGAAGAUACUAGACAUGAAGGGCCUGAAGCGGAGCGAGCAGAGCAGCAUGCUGGAUCUGUUCCGCCAGCGCCUGCCCGCUCCCCCCUCGGGCACCGAGAACUCCGGCUCCCUCUCGCUGAGCGCCCCCACGCCCGAGCAGGAGUCCUCGCGGAUACGGAAACUGGAGAAACUCAUCAAAAAAAGACUCUGAGCAGCAGAGUUCCCUUCUGCUCACUCAGGACUAGCUGCAGUGAUUGGGAGUGAAGCUCGUCAGAUUUAUGAUUUAUGGCGUGCAGCUGAAAAAUCUGUGUCCGUCACUCCCGUGCCCUGUGAUCUCUUAACCAUUCAGACCAAGGGAGGAUCUGACCAAGGUGUUUGUCCUUAGCUUAGCGGGAGUGAAACCCAGGACAUGCCUGGGGCCACGUGGUGGAGAAAGCAGAGGUAUCGGGAAGUCAGCAGCUAUAAAAACGAUUUAGGUGGAUUCAAAGAAUAUCUGGCUGUGAUUCACUCGUGUCCCAGCCUUCAGCCUGGCUGAGCUCCUGCAGCAGCGCCGAGGAUUUGGCCUGAGAGUUUGGUGUUUCUGCUCACUCCCUGCUGCAGAGCUGUUCCUCUGUUUCAUUAUUUAUUGGGGAGGGGGGACCAACCCCAAACCGUCACCACCACCAAACCACCCCCAACCCUUUAACAGCUGGGAUCCAGGCAUCUGCAGCUCAGCUGCAUUAACGAGAUGCCCAGGAGAGAGCCCCAGAGCAGGUUUCUCCUCUGCUCCCAGGACAGGCACGUACAUAAACCACCAGUCAGACAGCACGGCAAAUCCUUUUCAGAAGAGGAGGAAAGGGCUGAAUUAAUGCUUUCUGCACCUUGGCAAACCUCCUGCCAACCAGCCGGCAGCCUCGGUUGCUGUUAGAGCUUAAAGGCCAAACCAGACAUGUGCAGAGUUCGUCUCCAGCUGCUUGUUACUGCUCUCGUGUGUGCUGGACUCGCCCGCUGUCCUUGCCCUGCAAAGAGAGAUGCUGGAAAUGUUGAGCUGUUUCCCAGGACAGGCAGCUCACACCAGCCUCAGCCUUUGAGAGCCUUCCUCUCCUCAUCCUCCUCUGAGCCUCAGCUUGCAGCAGUACGGAGAGGAGGAGAACCAGAGGUGAGGUAUUUCGGAUAACACAGCCCCCUUCCUGGGGGAAGGCAGCUGCCGAGAGCUGGAGCAGCGACAUCCGUCGUAGAGCAGCAGUAACAACGCUGGUGGGGAGUGACGGCAGUUUCUCAUCACUCCAGUCGCACAAAUCUUCCCGAGUCUGCUGUUGCUUCAUUUAUUUCCUUUCCCGAUUUCACAUCAGGUGACAAAAAAAGGAACAGUGGCUGAAAACACGUCAGGAUGACGAAGAGCCGUUCCCCCAGGAUGGAUUAUCUCAAGAUGCACGUGCAGGAUGGUUCACACGUUAUCAAAGGCGAUAGCCAGGGAGGAGGGAACAUGGGUUUGCACAGAUUCAUUAUUCCCAUGGAGGGAUGAAUAAUUUAUUUGAGAUUAAUUUUUCUUUGUCUAUGGCUGACUCUCUUAACUAAAUUAAGAAUAGCUGAAGACGAUGUUAGAGUUAUUGUCACGUGUCUUUCCCCGAAGGCUUCCCCUGUUUCAUUCCCUACAUUUCAUUCUGGAGAUAAGAGGAAAUAAAACACAAAAUGAAUUUUUAGUUUCAGCCUUUGGAGAAUGCUACAGGUCUGGGUGUUUGGAAUUCCACUUCUAGAGGGAAGUCUGUGUUUUUCUGCUUACGGUAUAAGGGUUUUGUCCCCCGGCUCUUGGGAAUUUAUCAGAUUGGGCACGUCUGUAUGCGUAUGUUCACUGUUUGGGGUUUACAUCUCUGAGGAAUAAAGGAUGAUUUUUUUUUUUCUGUGCAAAA